AUGCAAAAUCAACAACAAAUAAUUGAUAAUCCACUUUUUCCAUCUUCCAAUUAUUCUUCCACACCUAUAAAAAGUUCUACUCCUCAUGUACUUUUCGAAUUAACGAAAAAAGUAACAAAUGACGAUGAAAAUCAAAAAAAAAAAUAUUGUACUUUUUGUAAAAUAAUCGCUGGUGAAUUACCUUGUGUAAAAAUUUUUGAAAAUGAUGAUGUUUUAGCAUUUCUUGCUUCACCUUCAACAAUCGCUGCAAUUGGUGCGUCACUUCCAAUGAUUUCAAAUGCAAUAUGUCAAGCGUUAAAUAUAAAAGAUUUUAAUAUCUUACAAAAUAAUGGUAGUUUUGCUGGUCAAGUGGUUUUUCAUGUACAUUUCCAUAUUAUACCAAGAUUUAAAGAUGAAGAUAAUAUCAACAAUAGAAACAGAAGAUUACAUGGCGGAAGAUUAAAAUUUAGUCAAGAAGAAAGGGAAAAAAUCGGUGGUGGUUCUAUUGAAAUUGAGCUUGAUAACGAUGGUCAAGAUAAUACGGAUGAGAUUGUUUCUAAGGUACCAGCUUAUCUUACUGUUAUUGAUAUUGCUGGUUUGGUUAAAGGUGCAUUUGCUGGUGCUGGUUUAGGAAACAACUUUCUUAAUCAUAUUAGGGCUGUAGAUGCAAUAUUUCAUGUUGUUUCUUUUUCUGAAGAUAUAAUUCAUGUUGAAGGAGAAAUUGAUCCUAUUAGUGAUUUAGAAAUCAUUCACAAUGAACUUCAUUUUAAAGACAGAAUUUUUGGCUAA